AUGGAAACUAACUUCUCAAGCCCUCUGAAAGAAUGUGACGCUAUCUUCCAUGUGCCGGACAUUCUGAAAAUGUUCUCACUGGUGAUACUUGGGGUCACUUUUGUCCUCGGCACCCUGGGCAAUGGGCUUGUGAUCUGGGUGGCUGGCUUCCAGAUGACUCGUACAGCCACCACCAUCUCUUACUUGAACUUGGCCUUAGCUGAUUUCUCUUUCACUGUCACCCUGCCAUUCCACAUUGUCUCAAUGGCCAUGAAACAAUGGCCUUUUGGUCCGUUCCUAUGCAAAUUCAUUCACAUUGUAAUGGGCCUAAAUCUGAAUGGAAGUAUAUUUCUGUUGAGUUUCAUUGCUCUGGACCGCUGUAUUUGUGUCCUGCACCCUGUCUGGACCCAGAUUCACCGCACUGUAGGUUUGGCCAAGAAGAUGAUCACUGGCCUAUGGAUUCUUGCCAUCGUCUGCACGUUGCCAAGUGCCAUCUUCUUUAAAAUAGUAAAUGACAAGGAGGGCAAAACCCAAUGCCUUGUCAACUGUACAUCUUGGAGUGGCACCCAUGAGGAGGUCAUGGACGUGAUCAUUAGCGUGUCUCUGGUCAGUGGGAUCAUUAACUUCAUCCUUGGCUUCAGUACCCCAAUGUCCAUCAUCACUAUCUGCUAUGGGCUCAUUGCUGCCAACAUCCAUAGAAGAGGUCUCAUUAAAUCCAGCCGUCCCUUACGAGUCCUCACUGCUGUUGUGGUUUCCUUUUUCCUCUGCUGGUUCCCCUUUGAGCUGGUUGCCCUCCUACGCACAGUCUGGCCCAGAGACGUGAUGUCGAAUAGUAAGUACAUGAAGAUCCUGGUAUGCCUAGCGAAUCCAAUGAGCUGCCUGGCCGCCUUCAACAGCUGCCUCAACCCUAUGCUCUAUGUCUUCGUGGGCCAAGACUUCCAAAAGAGACUGAUCCAUUCAUUACCUACCAGUGUGGCGAGGGCUUUAAGGGAGGACCCAGGCCAGAUCGGUGACAACGCAGCUGCUAAUGAUACUUCACUUCCUUCAAGUGCUGAGUUACAGGCAGUGUGA